CAUUGGCAUCCUCUUCUUCGCUUCAUUCCACUUCAUAUCCAUCGACUUGCCUUCGAACACGCUUUUCUCGACCGUACAUCAUCCACUCAGCAUCGUAGCCCCACCAGCAUCGUCCCGAUCAGCAGCAAUGUCCGCAGGAGCUCCCGUCGUGAUGCCUUCGCCGACGGCGCCCCUCCAGGGAGGCGUCCGCGUCCACAGCGUCCUCUCUGGAGACACCAUCGUCGUACGCCCCGUGCAGAUGACUGCGCAGGCUGGCAAGGAUGCCGAGAAUGGCCUCAAGAUUUUGCACAUCGCAGGCCUGGCGGCUCCCCGUAUGGGAAGCCGUGAGCGCGAUGACGAGCCCCAAGCCUUUGCCUCUCGAGAAUUCCUGCGCAACCUUCUCAUCGGCCGCGAGAUCCGCUACCGACUAGCAUACACAGCCAUGGGCCGCAACUUCGCCCACGUCUUUCUCCCACCAAAGGGCCCCGGUCUUCCCGACACCAAUGUCUCUCACGAGAUACUGGCAGCCGGCUGGGCAAAAGUGCACGACUCUGGCUCCAGGCGCAAUGCCAAUGCUGUGCCUGAAGAAGAGGGUGAGGGCGGUUGGAAGGCUAAUCAGCGCGCGGUACAGGAUGAGGCGCAGCUGAGCAAGCUGGGCAUCUGGGGACCUGAUGAGCUCCUCGCCGUCUCGUAUAACAUGCCGGAGAAUUCGCACGCUUUCCUUACCGAAUGGAAGGGCAAGGCCAUCGAUGCUAUCGUCGAGCAGGUCCGUGAUGGCUCACUGGUACGAGUACGCCUCUUGCUCACGCCCAAGCGACAUCAGCUCAUCAACUUGCACUUGGCGGGAAUCAAGACGCCGAGAGUCUCUGGUGGUGGUGGGCCCAACAGCGUCGACACGGGAGGCGAGGCCUUUGGAGAGGAGAGCAAGUUCUUCGUCGAGACAAGGCUCUUGAACCGCGACAUCAAGGUCACGCUCCUCGCUGUGCCGCAACCUUUAGCCACCCCUACGCCCUUUGGAUCAACGCAACAGCAGCAAGCGCAACAGCAGCAGCAACAGCAACAGCAGUCGACCGCAUCAGUCCUCAUCGGCAUGGCAAUUCACCCCAACGGUGACAUCGCCGCCUUCCUCCUCUCAGCAGGUCUCGCCCGAGUCGUCGACUGGCACACUGGCAUGCUGGCCUCAGUCGGCGGCAUGGAGAAGUAUCGCGCAGCAGAGAAAGUUGCCAAGGAUCGUCGCCUCAAUAUCUGGAAGGACUUUGUACCUACGGCCAUCUCAAGCCAAAUGUCCGUCCCUGCUGCCGCUCGUACAUUCGAGGCAGUAGUCACCCGCGUCAUCUCCGGAGACACGAUUCAUGUGAAGCGCCCCACAGCAGCCGAGCAGCGUAUCCAGCUUUCUUCUAUUCGUCAGCCGCCCAAGGACCAGCAGGGAGGAGGGUGGUCGUACGAGGCAAGAGAGUGCUUGAGAAAGCGACUGAUUGGCAAGACAGUCCAGGUGCAGAUCGACUACAUCAAACCAGCAGAGGCGGGCUUCGACGAGCGCACGUACGCGACUGUGCGAACCACGACGGGCGCCAAGGAAACCAAGGGUGCCAACGUUGGCGAGCUUUUGAUCCAACGCGGCCUAGCUACAGUAGUCAGACAUCGUCGUGACGAUGAGGACCGUUCGCCAUUCUUUGAUGACCUCCUCGCAGCAGAGGCCACAGCUGCAAGCGAGGCCAAGGGAAUCCACUCUGGCAAGGCGGCAACUGUGCCCAACUUUGUCGAGGCGUCAGAGAAUGCGGGCAGAGCCCAUUCUUACCUCCCUGGGCUCAAGAGGGCAGGGAGAGCACAAGCGAUCAUCGAUUUUGUGGCUAGCGGAUCGCGUUUCAAGGUCCUCGUCCCCCGCGAAAACGCCCGUCUCACGCUCGUCCUGGCGGGGAUCAAGGCGCCGCGCACUGCUCGCAACCCAAAGGAGAAGGACGAACCCUUUGGCAAGGAAGCGCAGGACUUUGCCGUUUCUCAUGCCCUGCAGCGCGACGUAGAGAUUGAGGUCCUCUCCCUCGACAAGGUUGGCGGCUUCAUCGGCUGCCUCUAUCUGCUCGGGCCCAAUGGCAAGCAGGACUUUGCGCAGAUGCUGGUUGAGGCUGGUCUGGCCAGUGUGCAUGGGCAUAGCGCUGAGGGCACGCCGAACGGGCCGAAGCUGUUCGCUGCAGAAGAGGCGGCCAAGAAGGCCAAGGCAGGGAUGUGGCAUGACUACACGGAAGAGGGGGAGGCUGUGACAGCUGAUCAGAAUGGCAACGGCGUCGCAGCAGGCGCAGUCAGCUCAGCAUCAUCAGGCCCCAUCGCUGGUGCCGCCGCGAAGGGAGCAUGGGGUGCUCGCCCUCCUGCAGGAGCAGUGGCCAACCAACCCGCACCGGCGCGCACAGACUAUCGCGACGUGGUUAUCAGCGACGUUCGAGGGGAUGGCUCUCUCGAAAAGCCCUUUGGUUUCAGCGUCCAAACGCUUGGUGGCGAGAUCUCACAGCUCGAGCAGCUUAUGCAUGACCUGGCGAAGACGUAUCGCUCCUCGGCACCCGCGCCCGCCAGCUUCCGCCCUCAGGGCGACGUAGCUGCCAAAUUUGAGGAUGGGGAAUGGUAUCGCGCACAGGUGCUGAAGGCAAGCCCGGCGGCCAAGAGGGCCACUGUGCUGUAUUACGACUACGGAAACCUCCUCGAGGACGUGCCCUUCAGCGAUAUCAAGCCGCUGGACGCCGCGAAGUUUGGCAGGGCAAGGCUGGCCCCGCAGGCGAGUGAAGCAAGGCUCAGCUUCGUCAAGCUCUUUGCUCCCGCAGCGGGAACAGGCGAGGCCGGCGCAGUCAACGAGUACGCCUGGGAGGCACAAGAGCGCUUCCGCGACUACCUUGGUCAGAAGCUCAUCGCCAACGUUGACUACCAGGAGGGGCAAGUGCUUCACUUGACCCUUUACGACCCGGCGAGCGCGAAUGUCGCUGCAGGGCCUGAGGCGUCUAUCAACGUCAGCUUGGCAAAGGAAGGGUGGGCAUUGCUGGAUGAGAGGGUGCCCUACUGGAAGAGCUAUCCCAAGAUGGGACAGAGCCUGGUGUCUGGAAACCAGGAGGCGAGGAGGAGACAUCUAGGCGUCUAUGAGUACGGCGACCCGGAGAGCUCGUAGAGCGACGUGGACGGCGAGGUUCGAUAGCAGCAUCUAUACUACAAUGACUCUCUGUGCUUCUGCUUAUGCUGGACUUGCACUACAUUCUAUUAUCGUUCAAAUCACAAUCAGCUCCCAAUUGCAUCGAUAGCCUCUGCCUGUCAGCCGACCAGGCACGUCUUGAGCUGGACAUCAAUCGGGGCAUCGCUGUCGAUGUUGACGUCGUCCUCCUCUCUUCAUUGUUUACAUUCUCGCAACAAGCAACAAGC